AUGACUCCAGUACCUAGAGAUGCAUUGGAGUUUCCAGAGUCGGAUAGAGGCUUCUUAGAGCCCCACCUGCCCCCGCAGAAUGGCUCGGGAGCUCAGUCUGAUCUCCCCUUCACAACACUCACAUUCGCGACCUCGCUUGACUCUUCUCUGGCUCUUUCCCCUGGUGCACGUACAGUGCUUUCAGGGCCACAAUCUAAGGCAAUGACUCACUAUCUACGAUCCCGCCAUGACGGAAUUGUCAUUGGCGUAGGUACCGCAGUAGCAGAUGAUCCUGGUCUCAACUGUCGAAUCUCAGGAGUCGGAGGCUAUGGCAAGGAGGGUCUAGAUAGACAACCUAGGCCAGUUGUCAUUGAUCCGACAGCAAGAUGGGAGUUUUCAGACGACAGCAAGCUAUUUCAACUUUGCCGAGAGGGUCGUGGCCGUGCCCCUUGGAUCAUUACCGCAGUUGAGAAACCAGACGCCGAGAAGGUAGCAUUGCUAGAAAGGUACGGCGGAAAUUUCAUUUCCGUCAAGAUGACCAGAUUACAUACUGGUGGACAUCAGAUUGACUGGCAAGAUUUGCUCGUCACUUUGAAAUCGCACGGUCUCGAGAGCGUCAUGGUAGAGGGUGGUGGCCAGGUCAUCAAAUCCCUUUUGAGCCCACAUUACAUGUCUUUGCUGAACAGCGUUAUUGUGACCAUUGCUCCCACAUGGUUGGGUGAAGGCGGCGUGGUCGUCUCCCCUGCUAGGCGCUUUGACGAGAGUGGAAAUGCGAUAUCCGCAGCGAGACUGAAGAAUGUCAAAUGGUACCCGUUUGGCGAAGAUGUUGUCCUCUGUGGACAGGUCAAGCUUUCUGACUGA